ACUGCACCGAUAUUAACCCUGAUGUACAUGCAUAAUUUAUUUACAAACUCAUAUCAUCAUCAUCUUUUUCACUUUUCCCCCUUGAUUGCAGCCAAUGAUUCCGACAAUGAGCGCUCCUCCAGAGUACUGUGAGACUGUUGAUGAGACAAUUGCGUCACACUCAAAAGAUGAAAUGCCUCCGAUUUAUGUGAUGGAUGUGAGCAAUUUGACGUGGCACAGAGCAUUUCCGCCGACUUAUGAUGAUGAAGAACGGCAAAUUGAUGAGGAGCCAAUGAGAAGUAUAGAAGCUGAAAUUGAUCGAGAACAAACGCGAAUGUACCGCUGUGGUCCGUGCGUUCUCUCAGAGACAAAGUCGUUCCUUCUCUGCUUCUUCACCGUGUUUCUUGGUCUUCUAAUCCUCUUGCCAACACUGUUCUUCGUCAGCGUUCUCUCGAAAGAUCAGGAUCCAAACAUAUCGCCCAGUAUUUGAUAACAAACUUAUUCUAGCAACAAUUCUUGUAUAAACCGUAUUCUUUUUGAUUAGCAGCAGUAAAGUGUGAUUGCCUAAAAUUGAUUCAAGUGAGAGAAGUUUUUCUAUGCAUUAAAAAUUAAACUUCCGAUUUUCAGCAUUUUUGCUUAAACUAUUAUUUUUGGCAAGGACCAAAAUCAAUUAAUCAAUAGCGUGGGGAUUCAUGUACAUAGAUGUCAAAGCUCCUGUUUAGAGACCAGCAGCUCGUAAAGUUUCCUGCAGGCACUGCGCCCUGAAACUGCGCCUGCCUACAAUGUAAGGCCCUGGCGUGUUUUUGUAACACCCCUUUUUAUGGUACCAAUUGAAAAGAAUACGGUAUUUUUAUUUGAUCUCACAACCAAAUUUAAAAUUUAAUUGUAAUUUUU